AUGACAGACAUUUUUAGUCUCUUCAAGAACCCAUUUCGCAUGGACAACCUGGACUAUGUUUUAACUGUGAUCACUGUAUUCUCUGUCUGUUGGUAUUUUUGGCUUUACGCUAAAUACAAACGGCAGUCUCUACCUUUGCCACCGGGACCUUAUGGCUUUCCUAUUAUCGGCAACCUUCCAUUUCAACCAGAGCUUCACACCUAUUUCCAAGGGCUAGCUAAAAAGCACGGUCCAAUUUUCAAACUCUGGCUCGGGGCCAAGCUGACAAUUGUGGUCACCUAUUCUGAAGUGGUGCAAGAAAUUCUUAGAACCAAUGAUCUCAUCUUUGCGAACCAUGAUGUCCCUGCUGUUGCUCCGGCCAAUACGUACGGUGGUAUUGAGAUUGUUUGGUCACUGUAUGGACCAAAGUGGCGGAUGCUUAGGAAACUUUGUGUUAACAGGAUACUAAGCAACGCCAUGCUGGAUUCCUCUACUGAACUCCGUCGUGGAGAGACUCGGAAAACAGUCCGAUACUUAGCAGACCAGGCUCAGGUCGGGUCUCCCGUUAACCUAGGAGAACAGAUAUUCUUGAUGAUUUUAAAUGUUGUGACGCAGAUGCUACGGGGCACGACGGUCAAGGGAGAAGAGAGGGAGAUUGUUGGAGCCGAGUUUUUAGAAUUGAUUACAGAGAUGAAUGACCUCUUGCUAAAGCCUAAUAUCUCUGACUUUUUUCCGGUAUUGAGCCGGUUUGAUCUUCAGGGUUUGUUUAAGCGUAUGCGAAGACCGGCUUAAAUGAUGGACCGGAUGUUUGACCGGAUCAUUAACCAACGGCUAGAAAUGGAUAGGGAAAGUGAUGGGAGAGUUGUGGAUUUUCUGGAUGUAUUGUUGAAAGUCAAGGAUGAAGAAGAUGACAAGACAAAACUAAACAUGAACGAUGUCAAGGCGUUGCUCAUGGACAUGGUGCUCGCUGGUACAGACACAUCAUUACACGUCAUAGAAUUCGCCAUGGCCGAGCUAUUACACAACCCGGAUAUCAUGUAGAAAGCUCAACAAGAGCUUGACAAAGUUGUGGGCAAAAACAAAGUAGUGGAGGAAUCUCACAUCUCUAAACUUCCAUAUAUUCUGGCCAUUAUGAAAGAAACUCUAAGGCUUCACACAAUUAUUCCACUCCUUGUUCCUUGCCGCCCUUCACAAACCACCGUGGUGGGCGGCUUUACCAUCCCUAAAGAUUCAAAGAUUUUCAUCAAUGUGUGGGCGAUCCAUAGGAAUCCAAACAUAUGGGAGGAUCCACUAAAAUUUGAUCCUGACAGGUUUCUUGAUAAGUCUUGUGACUUCAACGGAAACGACUUCAAUUAUCUACCGUUUGGGUCUGGUCGCAGGAUGUGUGCGGGAAUGGCUAUGGGCGAGAGGGUUGUUCUUUACAAUCUGGCUACGUUCUUGCAUUCUUUUGAUUGGAUAAUUCCCCAAGAAGAGAGAGUUGGGGUCGAGGAAACUUUCGGGAUCGUGUUGAAACUGAAAAAUCCACUUGUUGCCACGCCCGUGCUAAGGUUGUCGGAUCCAAAUCUUUAUCUGUAGUUCAACACAAAGGAAAACUGAAUGUUCUA